UUUUUUCCUCUCUGUGUGGCUCGACUUUUAGGCCCGGGAGGACGGACUCCCCCCUCGCCCUCUCCCCCCCUCUCCGCCCAGGGCGGCGGCGGCGGCGGAAGCGACGGCGGGGAGGAGCAGGCCGGGUGCGCAGAGAGCAGUAGUACAAAAUGUCAAAAAUUAGAAGGAAGGUCACAGUGGAAAAUACCAAGACCAUAUCUGAUAGCACAUCGAGAAGACCUAGUGUGUUUGAAAGACUUGGACCCAGUACUGGAAGUUCUGCAGAGACACAGUGCCGUAACUGGCUGAAGACUGGCAACUGCCUCUAUGGGAACACAUGUAGAUUCAUACAUGGCCCUUCACCACGAGGUAAAGGCUUUAGCAGCAGUUACCGAAGGUCACCAGAAAGGCCUACAGGGGACCUUCGGGAAAGAAUGAAGAAUAAGCGACAAGACAUUGAAAGUGAAUCACAGAAACAUAAUACAGAAGAACAGCCUUCUCCUGUUAGGAAAGAGUCUACAAGAGGGAGGCACAGGGGAAAAGAAGAUAUUAAAAUUACUAAAGAAAGGACGCCAGAAAGUGAAGAAGACAAUCCUGACUGGGAAACAAAUAGAGACGAUUCUGAUAACGGAGAUGUUAAUUAUGAUUAUGACCAUGAAUUGUCUUUGGAAAUGAAGCGCCAGAAGAUCCAGAGAGAGUUAAUGAAGCUUGAAGAAGAAAACAUGGAUAGAAGAGAAGAAAUAGUAAUCAAAAAAGAGAUUUCUCCUGAGGCGGUUAGAUCAAAAUUAUCAUCCUCGCCUUCACCAAGAAAAUCAAGUAAAUCUCCAAAAUUAAGGACAAGCCCUAAAUCUUCCUCCACGGCCACUAAGAGGGAGAAGAAGGUUUCAGCGGUCUCUUCCCCACUCCUGGAGCAACAGAGAAAUUCAAAAAACAGCCACAAUAAAAAGAGAGGUCCUCGCACGCCUAGCCCACCACCUCCAGUGCAAGAAGAGUCUACCCAAGGGAAAAAACAUAAGGAAAAAUAUAAAGCUAAAGAGAGGGUAGAAGAAAAGCCAAAGGAGAUAAAAGAAAGAGGACGUGAUUUUGAGAGACAUAAUAAAGAAAAAAAAGAGAAGCAAAGGGAUCCCUCAGAAAGUUCCCACAGACAGAGACGUUCACCUAGUCCAGAAGACCAUUCUGGUAGCAAUUCUUCUUCACGAGAGUAUUCUCCUGCCACAAGAAGAAGGCAGACGUCUUGGGCUCCAGCUAAGUCCAGCAGCCAUAAGCAUUCUUUUUCAUCCCCCCGCAGGUCUGCUUCACCACCGACGCAGCAUCAUUCUCCUGUGUCGUCGAGGCAUCAUUCCUCUUCAUCUCAGUCGGGUUCUUCUAUUCAAAGACGUUCCCCGUCGCCACGUCACAAAAGGACUCCUUCCCCCUCUUAUAAAAGAACAACUUCCCCACCUGUAGGUCGAUCUUCCUCUCCUUAUCCUCACCGAGCAUCACCUUCUCCACAGCAAAAACAGGCGUCUUCCAGGCGUCGUUCACCAGUUAGAGAGAGAAGCCGGCAUGAUCACGAGCGGAUUUCACAAUCACACGAUCGUCACCAUGAAAGAAGAGAUGAUCCUCUUUUCCAAGAUCUUCAGAAUUUUCUGGGUCCCCAGAAAAGCUACUCUCCCCAGCCUCAUCCCUGUUUGAAUCAUAUAUCAGUGGAACUACUCCAUGCAUCUGAAACGAGAGGAAAAAGGGGAAGAGAAAGAGACAAUAGGGAUGAACGUGACUAUGACCAAGAGCAAAGCACCUCCAGAGACCACAGAGAUGAUCGAGAAUCCCGGGAUGGACGGGAUCGGAGGGAAACCAGAGAUAACAGAGAACGCAGAGAUCCAAGAGAAUCCCGGGACGCGAGGGACGCGAGGGAUUGCAGUAGAGACAAUAAAGAAAGUCGGGAUCAGAGGGACCUGCGUUCUACACGCGAUUCACACGAUUACAGAGACAGAGAGUGUCGAGAACAUAAGAAAGAGGAGCAGUAUUUGGAGGAAUCGCGCAGCUAUGGAAGAGCCCACGGCAGAGAAGACAGUUCUCGUGCUGAAACUCGGACGGACUCAAGAAGUGAAACGAGAAAUGAAUCCAGAACAUCUGGAAGAAGUAGAGGGAGAGGUCCUGAAUUAACAGACAAGGGCAGUCGAGGAACAAGAGGCUCUCAAGUUGACAGCCAUAAUUCUAGCACUAGCUACCAUGAGAGCUGGGAAUCACGGAGCAAUUACCCUGAAAGGGAUCGCUAUGAAAGCCGUGAACAUGCAAGAGAUUCUUCUUUUGAAAGAAGACAUGGAGAAAGGGAUAAGCGUGACAAUAGAGAAAGAGAUCAGAGGCAAAGCUCACCCAUACGACACCAGGGAAGAAAUGAUGAUAUUGAUCGUGAUGAAAGAUUAGAAGAACGAAGAGUAGAGAGGAAUGAAGAUAGGAGGGAUGAAAGAACUAGGGAGCGAGAAAGGGAGAGGGAAAGAGAGAGAGAAACAGAACGUGAUCGGGCCCGUGAGCGAGAACGUGAGAGAGAAAGAGAUAAGGACAGAGAACGUGAACGGGAUAGAGACCAUGACAGAGAACGGGAGCGAGAACGGGAAAGGGAGCGAGAAAGAGAACGGGAAAGAGAAAGAGAACGAGAAAGGGAAAGAGAGCGUGGCCGGGAAAGAGAUAAAGAAAGGGAACGACAGAGAGAGUGGGAUGACAAAGAGAGAGGAAGAGAAGAACGCAGGGACAAGCGAGAAGAUGUCCGUGAAGAAAGGCUCACAAGAGACAGUCGUGAAGAGAGAAAAUCAAAAAAGCGUCACAGAAACGAAAGUAGCCCCAGCCCUCGGAAAUCUCCUAAACGCCGCCGUGAACAUUCACCUGAUAGCGAUGCCUACAAUAGUGGAGAGGAUCAGAAUGAAAAACGGCGUUUAUUGAGUCAGGUUGUGCGUCCUCAAGAAUCACGCUCACUUAGUCCUUCACACCUUUCGGAAGAGAAGCAGAGCCGGUGGAAAGAGAGUGACAGAAAGCCAGAGCGAAAGGAAAGUUUGAGACAUUAUGAAGAAACCGAAUACAAAGAACGGGUUACGUCUGGGGACAAACAGCGAGAGCAGCGAGAGGCAAAUGAGAGUUCAAGGAGCCGAAUCCAAGAUAACGUCAGUAAACGGGAUUCUGAAGAGCACGAGGCGGUAGACCGCCUGCACGAGGAGAAGAAGAAAGCUAAAAUACAGAAAAAAACAGCAAAGAAGAAGAAAGAGGACGACGGUGGGUUAGAGCGCUAUAUCAGUGAACCCCCGGCAGAGAAAACUCAAGUGUUUUCUCCCAAGAAAGGUCAGAAAAAGAAAAACGGUGAAAAGAAGCGCAAGAGAUCCAAGGGAGAUUCUGAGGCUUCUGAGGAAGACAGUGGCCCCCAUCAGAAGAAGAAGAAAGGUCCCAGGACACCACCCGUAACCGCGAAAGAAGAAGUGGUGGAAGCAGCGCCCGAGAAAUCCGCAGUAGCGGAAGUGGUUCCCAAGAGGGAGGACACGACGUUUAGUGACUGGUCAGACGAAGACGUUCCAGAGCGUGGGGAAACGGUUCUAGAAAGGACUUCUGAGGAGCCCCAUAGAACCAGCCACCGCACGCGAGGCGAAACCAUGGAGGUGGUUUCUCGCGGGGUUGAAGAAACCUCUCACCUCCGCCCUGCGGAGCAGAAGCGUAGCAGCAGCCCGGGUAGCAACAGGAGCCGUACUUCAAGUAGACCCCGAUCGCCCUCUAACGAUUCUGCCCAUCGCAGCGGAGAUGACCAGGCUGCGGUUAAGAAGAUCUUGCACAGCAGUUCCAGCGACAGAGACAGGAGAUGCCUUGAAAUCGCCGGAGAGCGGAAGUCCAGAAUCGAUCAGCUGAAGCGAGGGGUUGCCAGCCGUAGCACCUCUUCCGACCGGCAAGAUUCAAGGAGUCACAGUUCAAGGCGAAGUUCUCCUGAAUCUGAUCGCCAAGGCCAUUCCAGAUCUGGGUCUUUUGACAGCAGAGAGAGAGUGCAAGACAGAGACCGACAUGAGCAUGACCGUGAACGGGAAAGAGAGAGGCGGGACGGGAGGCAGAGAGAGUGGGACCGAGAUGCAGCUAAAUCUGAUUGGCUGAGAAGCAGAGAGCGGGAUAGGAUUCGGGAACGAGACAGACAACGAGAAAAACGAAGAGAUCUGGACCGUGAAAAAGAACGCCCGCUCUCUGAAAAUCUGGAAAGAGAUAGAGGUGUCAGUGCUGCCGCUCAAGCAGAAAUAUCCAAGCACAGUGAGACAAAGCCAAGUAAAGAUCAUCAGGCUUUUGAGGCCAUCUCUCUGGACUCUUCUUCCCAGGAGAAGGAACGGCAGGAUAAAGACCUAGGUUCUUUGCAAGGAUUUGAAGAUGGAAUCGAAGCAGAGAAAGUGGAAACCACAGAAGGUGGAGAUGAUGAAACAAAAAUAGAUGAUAUGCAGUCAAUGGAAUCCGGUGCUGGAGAAUAUGAGCCAAUCAGUGAUGAUGAAUUGGAUGAAAUUUUGGCAGGUGAUGCUGAAAAAAGGGACGAUCAGCAAGAUGAGGAGAAGAUGCCAGAUCCGGUGGAUGUCAUCGAUGUAGAUUGGUCUAGCCUGAUGCCAAAGCAACCAAAAGAGCCCCGAGAACCGGGAGCUGCUCUUUUAAAAUUUACCCCAGCUGCUGUUAUGUUAAGAGUUGGCAUUUCCAAGCAGCUGGCUGGCCCCCAGCUCUUCACAAAGAUAAAAGAAACGUGCCAGAGAUCUUUGGAGAAACCUAAAGAUGCCGAGAGCCUUUUUGAACAUGACUUUGGGGCUCUGAAUAUGGCUGCUCUGCUGCGGAAAGAAGAGAGAGCUGGACUGCUGGGCAACCUGGGCCCUUGUUGCAAAGCUCUUUGCUUUAGGAGGGAUUCUGCGAUCCGCAAGCAGCUGGUGAAAAACGAAAAGGGCACCAUAAAACAAACCUACACAAAUCCUCCAGUGGUGGACAAUGAGUUGCUACGACUGAGCCUACGAUUGUUUAGACGCAAGACUGUGCAGCAAGGGUCUGGACCAGAUAAAACAGAGGACACUAAACUUUCACAACCAUAUGUUCCAGAAAUGUGUCUGUCCUGAGCCAGAGUCUCCUGGCCCUAUGGUUGUGUUGUUUCACUGUUUGAUAAUAUUGAUGUUUUCAUUCUUAUUUCCUUUCAGUGUGAUGUCGCCACAAGAACGAAAAUACUCUAAAAGAGUACUUGUGUGGAUUCUGAGAACGACAAGGAAAAGUGUUUAGUACAAAAAACAAAGACCACUUUAUCUGGUUUUGCUGCAUGUUUCACAAAAUUGCGUUCUAACCAUGGGUUUUAUUUAAAAAAGUUUAAGUAUGUAAAAAUGUCCAUUUUGGGAUAUCUGUUUUAUCACCUAUUAAAUUUUUAAAAAGAAAA